AUGGAAUUUUCUACCACAAUGAAAAUAAUCGCAGCCUUACUAACUGUUGCUUUAUUUGCAUCGUGUUGUGCCCGACCGGCCGAUGAGCCCGAGGAGCGGUGCGGUGGCGGUUACGGCGGCGGCGGAUACCGAGGCGGUUAUGGCGGCGGCCGAGGGGGCGGUGGUUAUCCCUAUCCCGUCUACUAUCCCGUCCCGGUUAACAACGGAGCCGGUGGUGUUGGAGGGGCUGGAGGUGUCGGUGGCAACGGCGGUGUUGGGGGCGCACCCAUACAGGCGGCGUUCGUACAGCCGAAUGGCGGAUUUCAAGGCUAAUUGACCAUGG